CGCGCACACUCCAGCUUGACCGCAUGCAUGCAUGCAUGUCUGUAUGUUACGAACCACGCAAAGCACGUGGCAGGACCUAGGUUGACCGCCUGAUGAUGACUUUACUACCUUUACUUUUUUUUUUCUUUCUUCUUCUGUCCCCUUUUCUCUUCCCCGUUAUUGUUAUUGUCGCCGGAUUACCGGAUUUGGAUUGUCUAGCGUUGGGUACCUGGUAUAUGGGCAUGUUUCCUUUUUCUACUUUUCUUAUUCUCUUCGAGGGAUUGAGUCAUCAUUUUCCGGUGCAUGUUUGUUUCAGCGGAAAAAAAGAAAGAUUUCUUUUUGACUUUUUCUUUCUUUUUCUCUUCCAAACUCAUUCCUCCCCUUUCUCCUACCUCUAUGGUUAUCUCAUGCAGCGGGAACGAAAUAUAGUAUAUUAUUCAUCAUCUACUAUCUGUCUCCUUUACUCUUUUUUCCCCCCCUCGGCUCUUUGUAAGAAGUAAAUUUGACAUGUGGCCUACCUGCUUACUACCUAUCCACUCUAGCAUACAUACAUAACUAGUAAUUAUCUAGUUCGUGUUACCGAUAAACCCAACUCACUCACCUACCUAAUUUGAUAUUCAUGAAAC